AUGAAUAAAAAUAAAAACAAAAAUACAAGCGCCACAAUACGAAAGAAGCUCCAGGAACGAGCCCAGGAGAGGCGAAAAAAUGACAGCAAGAUACACAACGAAGUGCACAAGUUGAUAAAUAAACAAAUAAUAGUCGAUUAUGACACUAAUGAAAAGGUGAAUGCAAAAUAUAUUUUGAAUAAAUAUUUAAAUAUAAUUACCCAUUUGACCAGGGAAAAUAUAAAUUUAAAAAAAAUCAUAGAAAAAAUAAAACUACAAAAUGACAAAAACGAAAGUACACUCACUAAAUACGAAAAUGAGUUGAGAACAAAAAAUGACAUCAUCGGCAAAAUAACCAAUAAGUAUGGCGUAAAUAUUUUGGGGGAAGAAUUUAAUGGGUGUAAUAUCCCUGAUGAAGAAGUACAGCAGAGGCACCCCAUCAUUCAACAAGACAUGGUGGUGCUGAAAGGGGAUGAUACGAGCUUGCAAGUGGAGGGAAGAACAAAUUGUUUCUCACAUGGUGGGGAAAAUCAUCAAAUGGGAUACUCCUCAAACUGUUGUAAUGUCAUUGACCAGGGGGCUAAUACACCGCGCGUAGACAAAAUUGAGGGGUUUAGGACGAGGAACUCACCAGCCAGCCAUAAGAUCAAUGCCCAGAGUAAUCAUGCAGAAGGGGUGAACCUAAGCAAUAAAAUGACAUUUUCACAGAUGUGUGAUGACAAAACCUUUCCACAUGAAGACGCAAACAGAACUAUGCCUGGUGCAAAAACAGGGUUAACAAAUUGGACCAACUACAGGGAUAAAAUCACAUGGCAUGAAAAAACAAUCAAAAAUAAAAUGCCAUUUUUUAAGGCAAAAAUUUCAAAUCUGUAUUUACAUGGACAGAGGAAAUUACAAGAUAAUGAUAACUGCCUUGAUGAACUGAAUUGCCUCAUAAAUAGCUCAUCUAGUGUUGCCGACCUUUGCGACGCUAAAAUUGUCCCACAUGGAGGAAGACGCCUUGAGGAAAUUGAAAGGUAUCAUAAAAAAUGCAAGGAAGAGUAUAAGAAUGUACAUACCCCAAGUAAUUUGUUCGAUAAAGGAAACAGUUUAAUCACCGUUCGCACAGAAAGGAAUAUGUGUCAAAGUGCCACUCAGGAGAAAAAACCAAUUGGGAAUGUUUCACCAUUCUUGUAUGACGAUUUCUCCAAAAUGGAAAGUUUCCCUACGCUGAGAAGGGAUGAUGGGGGGGAAGAAAAACAAACUGGUUGCAAGGAUAGAGCGGCGGACGCGCAUGUGAAUUGUAUACCUUUUGGCAGUGCAGACAACAACGUGCCUGUAGUGAGCAAAAUGGUCACUGCGGUCAUGCGAAGCGAUAGCAACGGAGAGGCAAACCAUGACACGACACGGACCCAAAUGGAUGCUGAAGUUGCGGAUGGGAGGCGCGAAAAUUGUAACGUGCAGAAUUCGAAUGCACCCGAUAAGAAAAGUGUGAACGACGAUUUCGAAGAUGACAAUUAUGAGGACUUGGAAAAUAUUAUGUUUACAAUAUUGAAAAUGAGGAAACAAGGGGUACCUAAAAUGGCUAGCUAA